UUGGAACACCAUGUUCAACACCUUAUUUUUGGGGCUCCAAAAAUCCCUCUCUGAUGGAAAUCAAGUGAUUGACGUCCGUGCUGAGGACUAUGUAUCCAACAUGAUUUUAUGCAGAUAUGAAUUUCUUGUAAUAUACAAGAUGAUUGAAAAGGAUGGGCCAAAGCUUGAUAUUGUAAUGCAGUUAGAGUUAAAUCAGUCAUGCACUAAAGCAUUCAGCAUCCAUCGCACCGGUGACGAGAAUGCUUGCAAAGAACUGUUUGCACACUUUCAAGAAAAAUUACCUCUGUUGAUCCAUUGGGUCCCCGACAUAGGUACAUCAAAAAAUACUCUGCAGAAUAUUGUUCAAGUUAUUCGUGAAAAUCCUUCUUGGACAGUUGCACAUAUUGCAGCUCAUUUUGGAUAUACAGCUUGUUUUAAAGAUGAAGUUGUUCAAAGCCAAAUCAACAUGAUAUGUAGUGAAAAGUUGAUGACUCCUCUUCAUAUAGCAGUAAAAGCUAGACAGAUUGCUGCUGUCAAUGCUAUUUUAGAAUUGGAUCCUAGGCUGGAUAUUACUGACAUCUCUGGCGAAACUGUGUUUCACUAUGCUGCUAGAACUUCCAAAGAUAUUAUUCAGGUUUUGUCAAAGAUGUCCACCGCACAAGUUGUUAUAAAUCUACCCAACUAUGAUGGUCUGACUCCAAUUCACUGCGCAUGCAAAGAAAACAAAGUGGAAUGUGUAAUUGAAUUCUUGAAAUGCGGUGUAAAUAACAAAGCUGAAUGCAUUCCUGAUUGCAGUGGAAAUAACUCAAAUGCUGAUCUAAGUAGUGGAGAUAACUCAAAUGCCGAACCAAAUCCUCCUCGGGAUCUGAAGGAUAUAUUGAACACAUAUAGAGGUCAUAUUUUUGACAUGGAUAUUAAAUAUGGUGGUACUCCUUUGCAUUGGUCUAAAACCUCAGAGCUGACAGAAGCUCUGCUUGAACUUGGGUUUGAUGUAAAUACUCAAAACUUCCAGGGAGAUACUGCUCUACAUAUGAUGGUGAAAAGAAAACGUCUGCCAUGCGUUGUGAUGCUUCUUAGUCAUCAGGCAGAAGUAAAUAUUCAAAAUGCAACCGGACAUACUCCAAUUCAUUUAGCUGUCAUGAGUGGUGAUGUCUUAAUGGUUCAAGCCCUAAUUGCAUUUGGAGCAGAUUUAGAUUUGCUUAAUAAUAAAGGGGAGACUCCUCGUCAUAUAGCUGCAACAGAAAAAAAAAGUGCCUUUGGUGAAAUACUAUACUGUUUGCACAUGGUUGGAGCUAAGCGCUGCGCAUUACCUUCAAUGGCAUGUAAUGAUGGUUGCAACAAGCAUGGACAGUAUAAUGGAAUUCCACCAGAAAACCAAACCCAAUUGAUUGAGACUGAAAACAUUUUUGAAGAUGUUUUACAACAAUGUAGUGCUAGUAGCUGCUUUUCUCAAACAAAAACUACAGACCAGUCGAUGCAUCAGAAAUGUAAAAUUCUUUGCUUAGAUGGAGGAGGCAUUCGGGGCUUAGUGCUGAUCCAAAUGUUAGAUGAAUUGGAACGAAUAUUAAAGAAGCCUCUUAGCGAAAUCUUCGACUUUGUAGCUGGAACAAGCACUGGAGGCAUUCUUGCUCUAGCAUUGGCAACUGGAAAAAGCAUGAGGGAAUGCCGUAGCCUGUAUUUUCGGCUGAAGGAUAAAGUAUUUGUUGGUAUUCGGCCAUAUAAUGCGGAUUUGUUGGAAGCAUUUCUGAAGGAAGAAUUAGGAGAAUCCACUUUUAUGGGUGAUAUUACAAAUCCUAAACUUAUGAUAACUGCUACAAGAUGUGACAGAAAGCCUGCAAUUUUGCAUAUUUUCCGUAAUUAUGAAUCUCCUUUAGAAAUUUUGAACCAUGUUGAAAUGGAUGUCCUCUUAAAUCAACCAGUGCCAAAUUCUAGAGUUUUGUUUAUAGAAAUUCCUGUAUGGAAGGUAGCUCGUGCCAGUGGGGCUGCUCCCACAUAUUUCCCUGCAUCUGACAACUACAUUGAUGGAGGAAUCAUCUCUAACAACCCUACACUUGAUGCUCUUACCGAGAUUCACCAACGCAAUCAAGCAUUUAAGGCAGUGGGUAAAGAAGACAAGAUUUGCGAAGUAAAUGUAGUUGUCUCGAUGGGAACUGGAAAACCUCCCUUAGUGCCCAUAAGUAGCAUUGACAUUUAUCGUCCAGAUUCUGUUGCAGAUGCACUUAAAGGUGCUUAUAAGUUAGCCUUUGGAGUCAGCAACUUGGUGCAAUUGUUAGUAGAUCAGGUAACUCAUACAGAUAAUCAUGUGAUAUCCCGUUCUCGUGCCAUGUGUGAUAUGUUGAAUAUUCCGUAUUUUCGUUUAAACCCACAGUUGACGCAAGACGUCGCUUUGGAUGCAACAGACACAAAAGUUCUAGUCAAAAUGCUUUGGGAAACCACAGCUUAUGUUCGAAACUUAGGUGAAAAACUUGUACAGUUAAAAAGUUUGCUGGUGCCUUAAAGUGUAAAAUUUAUAUAAAAAAUCUAAUUUAUAUUUUAUUAUAUUGUUAUUUAUGAAAAACUAUUUUACAUUUUAAACUUUUAUAAUUGAGCUUCAUGUGAAUUACUUUGUU